AUGGGAUCUGUCGUGUUUCACAAUUGCGAAAACUGUGUUCCAAUGGAGAAGUUAGUCGCCGGAAUUGGAGGGCUAUUCUUCGACUUGGAAUCAUUAGUUGUUGAGGCUUUGCUUGUAUUACUCGGUGCACACCAAGCGUCUCCUUCACAUGCUACCUUACCAGAAUCAGAGAAGCAGCUGAGGAAGUUAGAGAAGAAAGCCAUGAAGAAUUUGGAACAGGUCUGA